AAACGGGCUUUGUUAAUGGUGAAAGAAUCCGAUGGUCAACGAAACGACUUUGUGCAUAUUGUCGUAUACAAUCUGACAAUCUGUGCUUGUUACUCAAGAUUCCUCCAUUUCCAAGGUUCUACUGUUCAACCUAUUCUGUCCUGUUAUGUCACCAGAUAUUAUGUCUCUCGUUGAUUCUUCCCGUUACCGUGAGAAGCGUCGCAGUAUCUUAGAAAUUAAGAGAAAUACCUAAUCAGCUUCAAAAAAUUUCGGCAAAGUCCUCCACCUCCAAGUAACGAUUUCUAGGGUUUCGAGACAAUUUUGAAUAAAACAUGGCGGAGGCAGAUCCAUCACGACCACUAUCGACGACAAGGAUAACGGAUGUGGACGUGGACUCGCUGGCUCACUGUGCCGGCUACCUCAACCUACAGGACCUCUCCAACUUGGCCAUGUCCUGCAAAUACUUCAAACGCGUCGCCUAUUCUGACUCCAUCUGGCUCCGCUGGUUAAGGGACAGUUGGCCUGAUCACAUACUUUCCAGCUCCUCACAAGCAUUGGAAGUGAGGGAUGCAUACAUGGCGAGGCGCACAGCAUUGCAGCAGUUCAAGUUUGUUGAUCCCUUUGUUGCCGACUUCUAUACAGUUCCGCAACCUUACAGCCAUGUAGUAAUGGACAAAAAUGAUGUUGUCUUCUCACAGGGCUCAAUGAUAGGAAUGAUGAAAAUCGAUAGCUGUUUAAGCGGAAGGCAAUCUUUCAUCAUGCGAAGUGAUCAUAAUGCAAGAAUUACUUGUAUGAGAUUGUUUUCCCUUGGUGGAACUUCUUUAUUUAAAAGUGAUGCACCAGGUAGUGAAAAUAUUUUGGUCACCUCAAGCUGCGAUCACACCAUUCGUCUAUGGUGGAAGGGUUCUUGCCAACGUUGUUUUAGAGGUCACAAUGGCCCAGUCUCUAUCUUGUCCGAUAAAUUGUUAGGUGAGGUUGGUGGAAAAGUAUUGGCAAGUGGAGGUGAAGAUGCUACUGUUCGCCUUUGGUCCCUUAACUCUAGUGGCAAGCGUGGCCAGCAGGCGCUAAAGGCUACUCUGUAUGGGCAUGAAAAACCUGUAAAGUUAAUGUCAGUUGCUGGGCAUAAAAUUUCUCUUUUGGUGACCAUUUCGAAAAAUUCCAAGGUGAGGGUUUGGGAUACAGCAACAUCAUCUGCCGUUCGUUCAUCAUGCUGCGUGGGCAUGGCAUCUGUUGCUGGCGCUCCAGUAAAGAUGAAGUGCCAUGAAUCCAUGGUCUAUGUUGCUGCUGGUUCCUCUGUCAUUUCAAUUGAUUUGAGGACAAUGCAAAAGGUUUUGACUGCGGCUGUUUAUCAGCCAAAUUUGUACUCGUUUGAGAUAAUGCCUUCAAAAUCAUUAAUCUGCACAGGUGGUAAUGGCAGCGUAAUGCUUUGGGAUAUUAGGAGAAACCAGGAGACACUAACCCCAGGACCAAUAGCGGAGUUGGAGAGCCACAGGGGCCCAGUAACAUUCUUGCACAUGGAUCCGUACAAAAUAGUUACAGGAGGCCCAGAGGAUUCUUACGUUAAUGUUUUGGAGACUGAUACUUUUACACAAACAAACUCAUUGAUUUGCUGUUCUACCGAGGAAGCAAGUACAAGCUCUGGUUGUGCCGGCCUGGCUGUAAACGGGUAUCAAAUUGUUACUGCUAGCUAUGGUGAAGAACAUGGACUUCUCCGUUUCAGGGACUUCGCCAAUGCUGCUUGUCCCGUUGUCGAAUCUGGAGAUGAACGUGCUUCAAAAUUUUGGGAUCCACAAUCUUAUAGUGAUUCUGGUGGCUCAGAUUGCUGAAUGUAUUUACCCAUAUUUUAAGGAUUGAUGCUAUAAACUACCAACAUCCUACCAUAUUAUUCCAGGGUGGCUGGCGUGCAAUAAUUUUUAAAUUUUUUAACAAACCA